AUGAACACAGAUCCAUCUUCUUUAAGGGAAUCAUUUAACAAGUGGGCUCAAUCAAGAUCAGGUGAUGAUCAACCACAGGCACAACAACCAGGAAUUUUCACCUCUUUUACAGAUUCAAUAAAUAGCACGGUAAAUGAUGUUUAUAAUAGACUACCUAUAUAUAGACAAGAUACUAUUGACCAAGAACCUUCAUGGUUUCAACUAAGCCGUUUUGAAAGGCUUUUACUUUUUUUUUGUUUUCUACUAGGUUCAAUUGCAUGUUUUGUCAUUUGUGGCUUCUUAUUCCCUAUUUUAGCUACUAAACCUAGAAAAUUUGGCUUACUUUGGAGUAUGGGUAGUUUACUAUUUGUUUUAGCGUUUGGUGUAUUACAAGGCCCCGUCAGUUAUUUGAAACACUUAAUUACUAAGGAAAGAUUACCGUUUACUGCUUUUUUUUUUGGUACUUGUUUAGGUACUAUAUAUUUUGCAGCAUUUGCUAAAGCCACUUUAUUGACCAUUGUUUUUGCUGUAUUACAAUUGUUUUCUAUUAUAUGGUAUGCUGUCAGUUAUUUCCCCUUUGGUAGACAGGGGCUAACUGUAUUGACCAAUGUAGGCAUCGGACAGGCAAGAGGAGCUUUAAAUAUUUAA